CGACAAAUGACAUAAUUAUUUCGUUUGCUAACACUAUAAACAUUACUACCAUAAAGUGGAUACGUAAGUGUCGCAAAAAUCCAACAUGGCGACUGCAAUGACAGGACGUGGUAUGGCGUUUAUUAGGAACAUAUCCGGGUUGCUUAAUUUAAGGCUACAAGUUCUGGCCGGUGGCCCUCAGCAACUCUCGUGUCUCCACACCAGCGCUUCACUGGAAAACAAAAACUGGGAGAGGAAGAACCUGAAAGUGUAUCCCCCACAGUUGCCGGACGAGCCUCGCAGACCAGCAGAGAUCUACCACAGCAGGCGGCAGAUAAAAUACAGCAAAGAUAAGAUGUGGUAUCUGGCCAAGCUGAUUAGAGGGAUGAGCAUUGAUGAGGCCAUUGCACAACUGGAGUUCAACGACAAGAAAGGGGCAAAAAUCAUAAAAGAGGUCCUUCUUGAGGCUCAAGAGAUGGCAGUGAAGCGUCACAAUGUCGAGUUCAAGUCCAACCUGUAUGUAGCGGAGUCCCUCUCCGGAAAAGGGAAGUACCUGAAGCGGAUCCGUUACCACGGCAGAGGAAUGUUUGGCAUCAUGGACAUAGUUUACUCUCACUACUUCGUCAAGCUGGUGGAGGGCGCGCCUCCUAAAGUAGAGGAGACUACGAGCUUCGACCAGGCCAAGGAAUACGUCCAGGGCCUCAAGAACCGAACCAUCAUCCACAGUCUCUAGACACAAUAUCUGUAUUUCUGUUUUUUCAAUCUAACCCUGAACAUUUUAUGUGUAUGUGUCUUUUGAGAUUUGUAAAUAAAUACAUGACUGAAUUAUAA